ACCAGGGGCGGACUGACCAUUUGGAAACUCGGGCACUGCCCAAGGGCCCGGGGUUAGUAGGGGGCCCCAUGAGCUGCCCCUGGUACCUUUUUCAAGUUUGGGCAAGGACACAGGGGCCCCAUGAUCCCCUAUUGCCCGGGGGCCCCAUGAGUUGUCAGUCCGCCCCUGACCAGCACCAAAGCUGAACUCUAGGAAUGAUCUGUACUGCAUACUUACAUUGGUCCAGUUUGGCACAAUAAUGCCUCCUGAUCAAUGG